AUACUUCUGCGGAGAUCGGCUCGGGCCCAGCAAGCUCCUCAGCUCAUUCUGAAUACCGAGUCCUUGAGCGGUACGAAGAAGGUUGCACGUUAAUGUCAGUGCGAAUAACCACGGGUGUCACUCACCAGAUUAGAGUGCAUAUGGCUCAAGGUCUCGGACAUCCUAUAGUUGGCGAUAAGAAGUACACGCCGUCAG